AGUUCCAGCCUACUUCGCUGCUGGUAAUAGCCAUUGCCGUCUGUCCUCAUCAGCAGACUGGUCAGCGGAGUGAGCAGGAGUGAGACCCCUAGAAGUCUAGGAGUGAGACCGACCUAGCUGCUGCUGACCGCGGACGAAUUUAGUAGUCGACAUUAGACUUCUUACCGCGCAUCCUUCUUACCGACAUUAGACCCCUAGUAGUCGACAUUAGACUUCUUACCGCGCAUCCUGAUUCUGUUCUCGCACAACAACGAGAAAUAUCUUGCUUCUGCUGCUGCUGCCAAUCGUCUUAACGAACACCCGUCGUCGUAGCAAGCAUCAGACCCGUUACUCUCGACGCCAACUUUUCGUCAACUGUCGCCGGAGUUUUGCCAGCCGUCGCAAUGGCGGGGAGCACGGACCUGACGAAGCAGGUGGAGUCGUUGCUGGAGGAUCCGUCGCAGACGAUUCUCAUGGCGAUGAAACUGUCUAAGAACCAGGCGUCGUGGACCGUAGCCGGGCGACGUGGGCGACUGCAGAGCAAACCGCGUAUCCUCGCUAUUGGCGUGAGGCGCAAAGAGGGCGCGGGGAAGCAGAAACCGAAGAUCCACAUCAUCAAGCCCGGGCCACAAGGACUAGAGCUGCUUAAGUCGUACCGCUUGGGAGCCCUCACCAGCAUAGAGCUGGUCAGCAGCGACACCACGGGCCGCUCCUUCCUCCUGGUGUUCGAUGAGAGGACGGACAGCUCACAGCCCCAGUGGACCACACGCACAGUCGACGACAGGAACCAGCUGGUGUUUCUGCUCCUCAAGAUGUGCAAGGACUACCUCAAGACGCUGCCCAAGGUCAUUGGGCUCGAUGUUGUCGACCUCGCCCUCUGGGCCAAGAAAAACGCCAAGUCGCUGCCAGGGGGAGUGCGGCUGACGGAGGAGGGGGAGAGUGAGGCGGUGGGGGUGGAGAGUGAGUCGAUGAUGGCGCAGGAUAGCCUGGUCUCCAAGGUCGAGGAGGAGGACAUGGAGGCGCUGCUGGGCACCUACGUCAUUGGCAUUGACGAGGCAGAGGCCUUCAGUGAACGGCUGAAGAGGGAGCUGGGAGCUCUGGAGGCUGCAAACGUGCAUGCCAUUCUGGAGAGUGAAGCACUGGUGGAAGAGGUGGUUGACAGCCUGGACGAGGCGGCAGGGCGAGUGGAGGACAUGGAGAACUGGCUGAACGUCUUCAACGUGAAGCUGAAGCACAUGAGGGAUGACAUCGAGUCGAUUGAGGCGCAGAACAACAUGCUGGAGAUGCAGGCGAAGAACAACAAGAAGCUGCUAGAAGAGCUGGACACUCUCCUGGAGUCGCUCUACAUCCCGCCGCAGUGCAUCCGCGUGCUGGGCUCGGGCUCUCUGGACGAGGCAGCCAUGCCCAACACUCUGGAGGCUGUGGGGUGGCUGGUGGAUGCUGUUAAGAGGCUGGAGCCGCCUCAGCUGGACCAGAAUUACGUCAACAUGCGCGCGGUGCGCGAGAAGAAGUCGGAGCUGGACAGCCUGAAGAAUGGCUUUGUGCGACGCGCCACCGACUUCAUCCGCACCUUCGUGUCGUCCACUGUGGAGGCCGCUGCGAAGUCCCAGAGGGGUCCGCCGGACCAUCGAGAGCUCCACCGCAGAUGGUCCGCCUACUCUCAGCUCAUCCAGUGCCUCAAGGAGCUGGACCCCAACGUGCUGGACAACAUUCGCCGGACAUACAUUCACUCAGUCAACAUGCUGCUGAGGCGCGAGGCUCGUGAGUUCUCCACCGAUCUACGUGCCUCAGCGCGGGUGUCAGCCAAGACCAGCACGGCGCCGCCCUUCCUGGAGCAGGGGGGCUCCACGCUGCCGCCCGCCGCUGACUCCCAGGCGGCCAGCGAUGCCUGCGCCAAGAUGCUAAGGGCGUUCCUGCCCCUCAUAUCGGAAGAGGGUCUGUUCUUCCAGCAGUUUCUCUGCUUCGCCCCAGCAGCGGACGAGGACGAGGAGCCCUUGUCUGAUGAGGAUGCGGCGGCGUUGGCAGCAGCAGCAGAGCAGCUGUUCGAUGGGAUCCAGGAAGAUUUCGUGGCCAUGGUGGAGUGGGCGUACAAGGUGGACCCCCUGCGCUGCAUCACACUGGUGGGGCAGACAGAGGCGUGGCAGCAGCAGCAGCAGCAGCUGCAGCUGCAGCACGGGGCCGACGCUGGGGGGUGCGGGGCAGUCAUUACCAGGAAGCUUCUGCUGGAGCUGGAAACCAGAAUUCGACAGAAUUUCUUCCGUUACGUGGAGGAGGCUAAUGGGCAGAUCGAGCGGUACGACAGGGGCGUGAAGCAGGCAGGCGUGCUGUCAUAUGUGCCCCGGUUUGCAGCGAUGGCGGUGCGCAUGGAGGGCCUCAUUACCAACAGCUGCAGGGACCUGGUGGACCAGGCUUACAACAAGCUGGUGAGCACCAUGUUCUCGACGCUGGACCGCAUAGCGCAGAUCGACCCCAAGCACUGCGACGUGCUGCUGCUGGAGAACCACGCGGCCUUCCAGAACAGCACGUACGAUCUCGCGGGCACUAUUCCGACUCUGCGCCUCUUCUACCAGCAGUCCAGCGAGACAUACGAGACGGCUUGCACGCGCUACAUCGACUCGGUCAUCUUCGGGAAUUUCGACAAGUUGUUCGACUACCUUCAGAAGAUCAAGAAUCUGCUGCUGACCAUUGAAACAGAGGAGAUUCCGUUCCAAAUCGGGUUCAGCAAGGCAGACCUCCGGAAAGUGCUCAAGUCGCAACUCACAGGGGUGGAUCGCUCGCUCAACUCCAUGUUCAACAAGAUGAGGAAGAACCUCACCUCAGGCGACCUCCUUCCCUCUCUCUGGCUCAAGUGCCAGGAGAGCUUCAUGGAGCGGUAUGAAGAGCUGGAGGCAGUGGUGGCCAAGUGCUAUGCGAAUGAAGCCAUCAGCCCAUCUUCUCGGGAAAUGCGUGAUGCCUUCAAUUCCAUUGUUGCUUGAAAGUAGUAUUGUACAGCCGUUUGUUACUACUAGCUAGUUUCCUCACGUUUAGUCCCAACCUCUUGGCUUUUGUGAUGGGUGUUAUAUGAACAGAAUACUGCUGGUUAAAUUACUAUUAUAUAAUAACAGGCCAUGUGCCGA